AUGAUGGAUGAUGAAUUAAUAGUCAUCGAGUCUGACAGGGGAACUUUAAAUUGUCAUUAUAUUAUUCGUUUAUUUAGUCAAGAGUCGAAGCUCUUUCAAACCGGAUCGGUCAAAGAUGGAGCCUGAAUUUUGUUUUGGAGUAGUUCUCUUAGGUAACUACAACGUUGGAAAGUCAUCGUUGCUGUCUUGCUAUGUAAAUGGCAAAGUUCCUGAAAAAAUCAAACACACCUCGGGAGUGGAGUUUCUGGUAAAAACUAUUGCCGAACCCUGUGUAACAACCAAACUUAAAAUUUGGGAUACUGCAGGUCAUGAGCGAUUAAGGCAUAUAGUGCAAAGUCAUUAUACAAACCAUGAUGGUGCAUUGCUGGUAUACGAUAUUCACGAUCGGACGAGCUACAGUGAUGUGAUAAAAUGGGCCGAGAAACUCAACGAUUGGACACUUAAACCCAGGAAGGUUAUAGCCAUAGUGGGCAACAAAGCUGAUAUAUCCGAAAAUAGAGCUGUGCCCUCCGAAGAGGCAGAAAAAUAUGCAGAACGAAACGGAUUAAUCUUCUGGGAAACAUCUGCAACCACAAACUUGAAUGUCAACAAGUGUUUUUUAGAAGUUGCUAUUGCUAUAAGAAAUGCGAAAAAGUUACUUAAGCAUAAAAGAUCAUCUUGGUAUUUGUAAUAUUGUAAAAGAGUAUAAAGAAAAUUAAAAAUCUUUUAUUUUGUAUUUAACAUUAACAUACGAAAAAUGAAAAAAUAGUUU